AUGUGCAGGAACACCUACACGAACGCGGAUAAGCUGCUGGCCGCGGCCGAGGAGCUCGCCCACACGGGCGAAUGCGACCCGGACGAGAUCUACGGCGUGGCCCACGAGCUGGAGGCGCACGUGACGUCGUUCGCGGCGCGCGUCGAGCAGCGCAGACGCCGGCUCGAUCUCGCCGUGCUCUUCUACACGCACGAGAAGGAGCUGAACAACUGGGUGGACGACCUGCGGCAGGAGCUGCAGGCGGACGAGAGCGCGGCCGACGGGCUGGAGGCCACCGAGAGGCUGCUCGAGCAGACGGCGCAGCACAGGGAUCAGAGCUUGGACGCCUGCUCGAGCACCAUCUGCAAAUUAAUUGUACGGUUUACACUGAUACGUGUAGAUUCUGCAGGAUCUAUUGGUGAUAUGGACUCGACUGGUUCCGUAUCCGCAGUAGAAUCAGCCUUGGACAGGCUGGCCAAGCAGAGAAACGACCUGGAGGAACUUUGGGCAGCCCGUAAGCUCCGCCUGGACUUGUGUCUUCGACUGCGCCUCUUCGAAAGAGACGCCUUGGAGGUUUCCUCGCAGCUAGAAAUGUGGUCCGAAGAACUACAACACAGCGAACUGACUAGAGAUAUAGCGAAGGCCGAACAGUUUUUGAGACUUCACAACGAAAGCGUUAGUCAGAUGCAAAAUACUACCUACCAGGUUUUGCAGCAAGUGUUCGAAAACUCGGGCAUAUGCGUGAUGGCGGAUGCGCAGUACAACGCGCAGACGCGCGUGCAGGUCCUGCUCGAGUUCCUGCACGACCGGGAGGUAGACCUGGAGGAUCUGGCGGAAUGCAAGAGGAUCAAGUUGGAGCAGUGCAUCCAGCUGGGGCAGUUCCAGAACGACGCCAAUCAGGUUGCAAUUGAAAAAACCCACACGUCCGCCGUGCAAGUCAAGUACCGCGCAGACGCACUCAUCAACGCCAACCACUACGACCCGCAAAGCAUCCGCGACAUCUCCGAGGAGGUGACGAAACGCUGGCAGCAACUCGUAACGUGCGCAGAGGAGCGCCACAAACUGGUCACGGCCAGCUUGAACUUCUACAAGACCGCCGAGCAGGUCUGCUCGGUGCUGGACAGCUUGGAGAGGGAGUACAGGCGCGACGAGGAUUGGUGCGCGCCUCAGGGAAAUCUAGACAAAGCCACCGCCAUCUCCCAGCUGAUCAACAAGCACCAGGAGCAGAAGGAGGCGUUUUUAAAGGCCUGCACUCUCGCGAGGCGCACCGCCGAGACUUUCUUGAAGUACACCACGAGGAGCUUGCAGUUCUACAACUACCCCAAUACGUCAUCGAACCACGAGUGCCGCGUGAAAGGCAUCUUGGAGAAGUUGUUGAGCCAGGAAAAUAAAGUCUUGGAGCACUGGACGCACAAGAAGAAGCGCUUAGAUCAAUGCCAGCAGUUCGUUCUCUUCGAGAGAUCGGCCAAACAGGCCAUAGAGUGGAUACACGACACGGGGGAGUGCUACUUAACAACCCACGCAACGAAUUUGGGCAGCACCAUAGAUGAAACCGAGAGCUUGCUGCGCGAACACAACGAAUUCAAGGGGACUGCCAAGGAGACGCGCGAAAGGGUGAAACUUUUGAUCCAGCUGGCGGACAGUUUGGUGGAAAAGGGGCACGCGCACGCCAGCUCGAUCAAGCAGUGGGUGGCCGCGGUGGAUAACCGGUACAAAGACUUCAGUUCGCGCAUGGAGCGCUACAGGCAGCAGCUGGAGGAGACUUUGGGGAUACAGGAGGAGGAGAGCGAGAAGAAGGAGCUGUCGAUCGAUAGAAACUCCGAUCCCAGUUUGGAAUCUAAAAUUAAGGAAUCGGCCAAUAAGGAUCUCAAAGAGUUGAACGAAGAAAAACGGAGAUCUGCUAGAAGAAAAGAGUUCAUAAUGGCGGAACUCCUGCAAACCGAACGCACAUACGUCAAAGAUUUAGAAACCUGCAUUAAAUGUUUCCUGCACGAGAUGCAGACGAUGAACAACACUCCUGCGGCGUUGCAGGGCAAAGAAGACAUAAUAUUUGGCAACAUCGAGGAAAUUUACAACUUCCACAACUCGAUUUUCUUAAAGGAGUUGGAAAAAUACGAAACCAUGCCCGAGGACGUUGGGCAUUGUUUCGUCACUUGGGCGCAGAAGUUCGACAUGUACGUGCAUUAUUGCAAAAAUAAGCCCGAGUCGAACAGUAUGUUGGUGCAACAUGGUGGGGGUUAUUACGAGGAGUUGCAGAAGAAGCACAAAGUUGAGCACCCGAUUUCCGCUUACUUGAUAAAGCCAGUGCAAAGGAUCACAAAUGGACACACCACUAAAAAUAAAACUGUUGCUGAGAUUUCCAAACUGGUAGUUGACAAGGUACAAACAAUUUGGUGGAAAGCCAGUUUGCCUACUAUAUCAAACCAGCAAUGUGUUGCACUACUUAAAAAAUAUCACAAACAAUUCAUGGAUCUUAAAAAAUCUCUAAAGAAAACAAGUAGUUAUGCCCGAAAUAAAUUACAAUGUUUCCAAAAUGAAUCGAAUAAAAAGCUUUUCGAUAUUUCGACAUGCAAAUGCAAAGAAUUUUCAUCGUUUGCUUGUGUCAAGUUAAAGAAGGUCCCUAAAUUAGAACAUGAAUUUUUAAAAGAUCAGAGAACCACAAGGAUAAUGUUUAUGGGAAAAGUGGAUGCCAAAAGCACUAGAGUUUUAAAGCAAAUGCUAGAAAGAAAAGGAGAAACAGCUAGCUGCAGUGGUUUGAAGUCCGAGGCAAAAACUCAACCUAACGAAGUUUUUUCAGACUCAUUAUCGCAGCAGGAUACCGAUUCCGAUGAGGAAUUUAAUCCAACAUCCUCUACCAGCGCAAAAGACAUAUCACUUGCCCUACCGUCACUUGCAAAAGCAAUAGAUCGAGCAGGAUUAUCGAGUCGCAAAGGUGCAAUGAUAGCCAGUGCAGUCCUUGAGGAUGUUGGUUUAAUCACAAAAAGUGACACAUCUUACAUAAUCGAUAAGUGUAAAUUGGAUCGCCAAAGAAAAAGAGCUCGGCUCGACUUACAAAAAAAAAGUGCAGAGGACGGCAAAAUUUUACAAGCCCUUUAUUUUGAUGGACGCAAAGACCGCACCUUCCACAUAAAAAAGCAAGAAAGCACAUCAUCUAGAAAAACUGUUGUUGAAGAGCAUGUAGUUUUAAUCCAGGAGCCUGGUAGCAAUUAUUUGGGACAUGUGACACCUGAAAACGGGACGGCUAAAAAACUUGCAUCAAGUAUUCUUAGUUAUAUUGACAAAGCUAGUAUCUCUACAUCCGAGCUUGUUGCUAUUGGCUGUGAUGGGACAGUAGUGAAUACUGGACCCCACGGAGGGGUUAUUCAUUUAUUGGAAUCACAUCUCAAACGACCUGUGCAGUGGCUGAUAUGCCAACUGCUCGCAAAUGAGCUGUCACUCUGUCAUUUGCUUCGACUAGAUGGCGAUACUAAAGGUCCUGCUUCAUUUUCAGGCCCCAUUGGAAAACUCCUUGAAUCAUGUGAGAAGUUACCGGUCGUUCAUUACAAAAAAAUCGGGACAGAAUUACCUAAUGAUGGUUUGGAAGUUAUGUUAAAUGUGCCCAAAAAAGCAAAUGAUGCCAUGCAUCUUUCUCUUUUGGAAGGAUGUGAUAUAUCGUCAGAUAAAUUAGGAGAAGUCGUUUUGCAAGAUGCGUUCAACGUAUGGGAUCCAAAACAAUUGAUAAGAAAGGGUCGGGAAAGGCAUAUUUUCCUCUUCGAGUUGUACCUCUUGUUCACGAAAGAAGUCAAAGAUUCGGCCGGGAAAGUCAAGUACAUCUACAAAAAUAAAUUAAUGACUUCAGAGUUGGGUGUGACAGAGCACAUGGAAGGUGACGAGUGUAAAUUCGCCGUCUGGACGGGAAGGGCUCCGAUUUCGGACUACAGGAUCGUAGUGAGGGCCUCUUCCCUGGAUACCAAACAAUUAUGGGUAAAAAAGUUAAGGGAAGUCAUACAGGAAACUUAUUUCAGUGGGGCUUUACCUUUAAGUUUGCCAAAGAGUCCUGCUAAGUUGAAAACGCAUAGUCAAAGAUCCAGCAGGGAUAUGGAAGACUGUAAUUCAUUGGAUGAAAGUGUGGAAAAUUUGGAUAGAAAUUCUCUGGCUUCGUUUGGAUCUGGAAAUACGACUGAUUCUGAUAAGGUUAGUUAA